CGUUUAAAAACCGUUCCCGCCCCUUCAAACCAGCAUAAAGAGCGGUGGCGCCAUGGGGAUCAGGGUUUCAGUGUCCAAACAUGGCGACGUAUUCAUUAAUAAGGACUUUCAUAUUGUUGAUGAUUUUCUCAAUUCAGUGCUUUCUGUCAAUCAGUUGCAGAGGUCUCCAAAUUCUUGCAAAAUCGAAGAUUCAAACCUGCGAGAACCUUUCUGGCGCAAAGGAACUGACUUGCAGAGAGAAACUUGUCCUCGAAAUUGCAGUUCCAAGUGGAUCGAGUGGAAGAGAGGCUUCUAUUGAAGCUGAGCUUGUGGAGGCAGAAAAUGUUUCAAGUGGAAAGAUGCAAACUAUAAAAACAUCACUCAUUAUUACUAUACAAAAAUCCCCUGCAUAUGCUCUUUAUGAGUUAAUGUACAUUCAGGAUGUUGCAUAUAAGCCUACAGAGUUAUUUGUCAAGACACGAAAAUGCAAACCAGAUGCCGGUGAAUCUGUUGUUGGAGGUUGUGUUGGGUUGCCUAGAAAAGGUGGUGGCGUUCUCACAGAAACACUGCCAAUAUGUUGCCCGUGUGGAUCCAAGCGACGUGUCCCUUAUCCUUGUGAUCAUUUUGUUAAGACAUGGAUUCUUGGGAAAAAAAAUGUGGCGCACUGCCUCCGCUUUCCAGAUGAGUGGUUUCACGUAUUCUCCAUUGGAAAACGGUCAUUGGGAUUUACUGUCAGCAUUGAAGUGAGAAAAAGAUCUGCAACAUCUUUUGUUGUUGUUAGUCCUGAGAAUAGGACAACAGUAUCUGGUGAUAACUAUUUAAGAGCUAAUCUUAUUGGGGACUUUGUUGGUUACACCAGCAUACCAACAUUUGAAGAUUUCUUUCUUGUUACUCCAAGCAAGGGAGGCUCUGGUCAACCUAGCAAUCUUGGUGUGAAUUAUGCAAAAUGGAUGCUUCUAGAGAGGGUGCGCUUUACGUUCGAUGGGAAUGAAUGCAACAAAAUUGGUGUCAGUUAUGAAACUUUCAACAGGCAACCGCACUUUUGCUCGUCACCACUAUGGAGUUGCUUGCAUAAUCAGCUAUGGAAUUUUUGGGAAGAUGAUGAGAACCGAAAGAAGCGGAGCCAAAUGCCUCUCUAUGUUAUCGACAAAAGAUUCGAAAGAAUAAAUCAACAUCCAAAUGCAGGUUCACAUUCAUUCUCCAUUGGGAUCAAUGAGGUCCUUAACUCAAAUCUUGUGAUAGAGAUUAGUGCCGAUGACAUUCAAUAUGUUUAUCAAAGGAGUCCCGGAAAGAUACUAAGUGUUACAAUCCCCAAAUUUGAAGCACUUGCACAAUUUGGGAUCGCUACAAUUAUUACAAAGAACACUGGUGAAUUGGAAGCAUCAUACAGCUUAACGUUUGAAUGCUCAGGAGGUAUCAAUCAAAUGGAGGAACAAAUGUUCAUAAUGAAACCAGGAGAGACAAUUACCCGUACAUUUCAGCUUUCCUCAAAUACUAAUAAAGCUUCGAAGUAUCACUGCAUUGCUAUUUUAAAGGAUUCUGAUUUUAAGGAAGUUCACAGGGCAGAGUGCCAGUUCAUUACCACAGCAACCAUGUAUAAUCGGGAAAACCAGGAAAUUGAAUCGACCAAUUCAUCAACUGAUGGAAGUACUCUCUUUGGAGGUAUGAGAAGCAUAUGGAACACCAUGUGGAAUGGAUUGAAAGAUUUCUUCACUGGUAGAUUAUGCAGGAAAAAUUGCUCAGAGUUUUUUGACAUUGCUUGCCACAUUCAAUAUAUUUGUGCUAGUUGGGUUGUGCUGUUUGGUUUGCUUCUCGCAAUCUUCCCUAUAGUGGUCGUUCUCAUUUGGUUAUUACAUCAAAAAGGAUUUUUUGAUCCCUUUUAUGAUUGGUGGGAUGAUAUUGUCAGAGCACUGAAGCGCAAGAGUGGAAUCUAUCCAAGAAAUGGAAAAGAAGUUAGCCGAUAUCACAGGCAUGGCCACAAGAAGGAUAAUUACUAUCGACAUCAGACGCAUAAAGGGAGACAUCAUCAUGUUCAGAAUAGAAAUAAGCAGUAUCACAAGCAUAAACACAAUUAUUCUAAUCACCCUGAGCAUGCUAAAUAUUGGUAUCCUGAUCAUUUGAACGAUCAUAAUCAUUAUCAUAUGCAUGAUGAUCAUCGAGAUCAUGCUCAUGGAAGUAGCUACAAGCAUGAGAGAGAGAGGGUAUUGCCUGAAAGGUUGCGAAAACAUGGCUUGAGGAUAGAUGCUAGUGAAGGCCACCAUAGGCAAGGGAAAGGAGGAACCAUGACAGAGAAAAAACCAGAAUAUCAGAUGCACUAUGCGAAGAGAGAAGUUAUCAAGGGUACACAGUUUGGGAGACAGCCUCAGAAAAUUCGGAGAAAUCAAGAAACUCCAGAGAAACAUUUGAAGCACAAGCGUGGGCACAAAGAACACAAUGAUCAGCAUCUCAAGAUCCACCCUUGAAAAUGCAAAUGAAGGUAAGAACUCUCGAUAGCCGUGACACUCCCCAGUACAAAAUAGUGUGCCACGAUUUUUAUUCAUGCAUCUUUGCUAACAUGUCAUGGAACUGUCAACAAAUACACCUAUUAUGUUCAGGUAUUUAUUGAAACAUUUACAAAAUCACUGAAAUCAGAACCAAAAUCUAUGUUGUGGUAGAUAUAAUGCUAUACAGUUUUAUUUUCCUUUUGCAAUUUUCGAAUUUGAUAUAAGUGCAGUCCUUUGUGAUUUCUGUUGCAAAAACUUUCCUAUGGAAUCAGUCUCAACCGAUGAUGAAUUUCUUGAAAUCUUGGAGCAGUAUCCUAUUCCUCAUUUCCUGUCUAUUUCUUGAAGCACUCUCAGAACAUAGGCUCCUAAUAGGGAGCCUCUGUUGUGAAUGGUUCUGGACCACUUGUACUAAGAGGUCAGGGAACUUAUGAUGCUGGUGUUAUGAUGAAU